UUUGUGCAUUGGAGCGACGUAUCGUUGAAUUUAGGCAGGAAGACAAGAUCAAACAAUUGGAAGUACAUGGAUUUGUUUGAAGGAACCUAGACCUCCACAAUGAAAUAUUUUAUAACGAGCUUGUGGUAAUCUCAGAUAUUAGCCACACUUUCCAGGCCUCUAGCCCCUGUCAUCUUCUUUACAGUUCAGAAAGCACGCUGAGGAGGACUGAAAUGGACAGCUUCCGCCAGGAGAAAGUACAGAGAUAUGAGGAAUUUGUUGACAAACGCUUGAAACCAGAUCUUGUUCGGGCUAUCGCCGAACGGGACAAAGUCUUUGAACAACAGAAAACUUUCUCAGAUUUGCGAAAGAACAUAGAGAAUCUGGAGAAAAAUAGCGUAACCAGUCUUAGGACAAUGGUCAAUCUUGGCUCUGAAGUAUACAUGCAAGCUGACGUGCCAGAUACACGGCACAUAUUUGUGGAUAUUGGACUUGGAUUCCAUGUGGAGUUCACCUGGUCUGAAGCUUUAAAUUUCAUAUCACUGAGGGAAGAAAAGUUAGCUAGGCAAAUAGAGGAGUAUACUCGCUUAAUUGCAUCUAUUAAAGCCCAUAUAAAGCUGGUUUGUGAAGGGAUUCGGGAGCUGCUUCAACUUCCCGCAGAUGGGUCUUUACAAGGGCCCGUUUUUUAACAGUUGACGUGAAUGUGUAUACCUUGGUUACUUUUGUUACAUAAACUCAUUUUAUGAAUAAAAAACAGAAAGCAAGGAAGUGAAAACAGAUAAUUAUUUGUCAAUGCAACAUGUUGGUUCAGUAGUUAA